AUGGCCGAAUAUCAAAUGGUUAGUGAUUUAACACCAUGGGAGGAAUACAAGCAAACCAUCAAAGUGAAAGUUCUCAAGCGUUGGGAGACUGUUGAUUCAAACGGAAAGGAUGGGAUGUAUUUCAUCCUGGUUGAUGAAAGUGGAUCUCGAGUUGCUGCUACCGUUGUUGAUGAAACGCAACUCUCAUAUUUUCAACAUGUCUUUCAAGAAGGAGUUUGGGUUCGGAUUUCACAAUUUGGCUUGGCUAAUUCCGGGUGGAAUGAUAGAUCCACUAAACAUGCUUACAAAAUCAUCCUCUCUCAGAAAACAAAUGUGAAUUCUAUCAGACCAUUAACGGACGAUCCUUUCAUCAGUUUCGUUGAUUUUGCGAGUGUUAUUAACCGUCCUUAUUCUCACUAUUAUCUGAUUGAUUUGCUUGGUGUUUUCGACAAGAAUAUCAGAGAUAUUGUUGAAGAUGUUGGUAACGAUGGGAAAACGGUUUCAACUCUGCAUUUUCGUAUCACUAAUAUCGAGGGUAAUACACUUGAGUGUGUUGCACAUGGUGAUUUGGCCUAUUAUAUAAAGAAAAAAUCUAACGGUGAGGUACUGAAUGGACCAACUUCCAUAUGUGCAUUGACUGAUUGGAUGGUGAAGAAAAGCAUAAAUGAAAUUACUAUCAAUAAUUAUGAAGGAGGAAAGCUAUCACGUUUCUUGGUUCAUCCACCACUCGAUGAAGUUUACAAUCUACGGGCUAAGAUGUGGGUAAAUGUGAGAAAUUUGGCCCACAAUGCUUCAUCUUCUGGAUCAAGAAAUGCUUAG